AUGGCCCAGCACGGCACCUCCAUCCCCAACGACGCGGGUCUCCAGAACACCAUCCCCUCCGUGCCGCGGCCGGACCAGAGGGCCGAAAACCGCCAGUUCGAUAACCAGGGGCUCGCGGAGCCGUCGCAGGCCUUUGCGGCGGACAACGCCACUGAUUUGCCUCGCAGCACCAAGGAGAUCGGUGCGACCGGGGAGGUCGUCACGGGGACGGGCGAUGCGUUCCCGGCCACGGGCGAGUCGAAGAGGAUGACGUAUGAUGCGAUCGAUCCUGGCGCGAGGGGGAAUUCGAGGACGAUCAAGCAUGCGAAUCUGAACCGGAGUGCGUUUGAUCGGUUUGCGAAGGAGGAUGGGAAUGCGGGUGACUUUAUCGGGGAGCAUCAGAUUCGGAAUGAGUGA